AUGACAUUACGAAUAGGAAAGGGCGAUACUCAUGAAUUUCAAGCUGAAACUCGCCAAUUGUUGGAUAUUGUAGCUCGAUCGUUAUACUCUGAGAGAGAGGUUUUUAUACGCGAGGUAAUCUCCAAUGCUUCGGACGCACUAGAGAAAUUACGCCAUCUUCAAGUAACAGGAGAGAAAAUUAUUGACGAAGAGUUGCCCUUAGAAAUCAGAAUCUCAACGGAUAGCGUCAAAAAAACAUUCACUAUUCAAGAUACUGGGGUAGGCAUGACAAAAGAAGAGAUGAUUCAAAAUCUAGGCACGAUAGCAAGAUCUGGCUCAAAGGCAUUUAUGCAGCAACACGGAAGUGAUAAUAGCAAUAACAUCGCUACAAGCAUUAUAGGCCAAUUCGGUGUUGGAUUUUACUCCACUUUUAUGGUAGCCGAUUCUGUGGAGGUGUACUCUCGUUCUGUACUUCAAGAUUCUCCCAGCUACCAUUGGACUUCUGAUGGCACUGGCAAAUAUAAAAUUGCUGAAGCUGAAGGCGUCCAGCGAGGCACAAAAAUUAUAAUUCGAUUAAAGGACGAUGCUACAGAUUUCUCUUCAAAUAAUAUCGUUCAAGAUUUGAUUAAAAAAUACAGCAACUUCGUUGGAUCUCCGAUAUAUCUCGAUGGUGAAUGUGCUAAUACAGUUGAGGCGUUGUGGACCAAAAGAGCAAAUGAUAUAUCGGAUCAGGAACAUCAGGACUUUUACCGAUUUAUUGCUGGCGGAUUUGAUACCCCACUUUACAAGUUACACUAUACGACGGAUGCACCUUUAAGUAUACGUAGCUUAUUUUAUGUCCCGGACGAUAUUCCAGGGAUGUACUUGCAAGGAAUUUCUCGCAUUGACAGUGGUGUCAGCUUAUUUAGUCGUCGGGUUUUAAUCCAGGCCAAGUGUAAAGAAAUUUUACCUGAAUGGUUACGUUUCCUAAGAGGUGUUGUAGACAGCGAAGAUAUUCCUUUAAACUUAAGUCGAGAAUUGUUACAAGAUAAUGCUUUAAUCAGAAAGCUUAGCAAUGUUUUGACUUCCCGAAUCCUGCGUUUCUUUGCCGAAGAGGCGAAAAGGGAUCGUGUAAAAUUUGAAAAUUUUUUUCAAAAAUACGGACUCUUCUUCCGAGAAGGUCUAGUCAGCGCUGACGAUAGCUCCACCAAGGAAGACAUUGCAAAACUGUUUUCUUUCGAAUCAUCACUUCAAGAGCCCGGAAAAUUGACCAAUCUAACCGCUUAUAUUGACCGGAUGCCUCCGGGGCGAAAGCAUAUCUAUUACCUAUGUGUCCCAAAUCGGGCAGCGGCUGAAUCAUCGCCUUAUUAUGAAGCCUUGAAAAAGAAAAAUGUAGAGAUCUUAUUUGCUUAUCAUACGCAUGACGACAUCGUUUUGGAAAGUUUACAUCAAUUCAAAGGGAAAAACAUCAUAUCAGCUGAAAACUUUAGGGGUGAUGAACAAACCGACGCUGUUGAUAAAGAGAAAUCUGAAGAAGAUAAAGAUACAGGCAAUAAUGAUUCUUACUAUCAAGAUGUAUUUAUGCAAAGUAGUUCUUUUAUUUUCUCAUGUACGAUCAUAGUUACGGAAGAAACAGAAUCGGAUAGAUUGCCUAAUGAAGAUGUGGCAAAGCUAAUCGAUUGGAUAAAAACGGCUCUUGGCCAAGAAAAAGUUUUCGAAGUAAAGUCUACUGACAACCUGACAACUCAUCCUGCUAUGGUUUCUGUGCCGGAUAUGGCAAUUGUUAGAAGACUUUUGAAAACCACCGAAAUUAAUAUACCAAGAUCUCAGUUUUUGAAGUCAACAUUAGAGAUUAAUCCAAAACAUGAAAUAAUGCAUAAACUUGCAAAGUUACACCCUGAGAAUCCAAAACUGGCCACGUUAAUUAUAGAGCAGAUUUUCGAUAAUGCCAUGAUUACAGCAGGGCUAGGAGAAGAUCCUCGCCCUAUGGUUAAGCGAUUAAACGAAAUAUUUUCAAAGAUUUUAUAA